AUGGCGGAAGAUAAGGUAAGUUCUUCUACAUAUCAAAUGUAAAAAUGUCUGGGUCUGGAAGGAUGCAACUUGUGAUGCUAUUUUUGGAUUCUGAAAAAAUUUGUAUUGCAUGACCAGCAAGAGGACCCCAGUUUGUGCUGCGCGGAGAGGGCAUUUCUCAUGCGGAAUAGGCUUCAGGAGGGGUUCUAAAAAUCUGUGAUGGUAGGACAUGCAUUACAGGCGUCAUGGGUCAUGCAAAUUAUGCAUGACAAGUCUUCCAAUCUUCCAGACCCAGACAAUUUUACAUUUGAUACUACAACCUUAGAUACAAUACUGUAAAUAGAAGGUAGCAACCUCCUGCUGCUACUUCUUCUCAUCUUUCUCAUACCCGUGACAUACUUCGUCUUCGGAAAAAGAUCAAUUUUUUAAAAACUACAUUCAUUCGAGCAUGCGAACUUUGCAUUUUUGCUCCUUCGGAAUCGGCGGCAGCUGGGCAGCUGGUUGGCAGCACGGGCAGGAGCAGCUGCUGUCUUCGCUAAUAUGCGCAGAUAUAAUCAUGCUCGCAGGCAUAGCGAAUCGAAAAUCCUUUUUUAUGAAGCCGUUCUUUCGAUAAAAAAUCGUUGUGUGCCGCGCAGAUUUUUUCUUGUGGUUCUAGAAAUAGUUUCGGGAAUGCGAGUAGCUUGGGCACUUUCUAUGAGGUAAAGACCAAACCACGAUACUACCGCACGGAUGAGCAAUAUCAAUCGAGGAUAGGAAAUCGACCGCAAGGAACGCAACAAACUUUUAUGUGCUUAUUUCCAUGAAGAUCCUGCACCUGCUGAAAAACAAAAAACAAAAAUAUGCAGCCAUGAACCGGUUUUUUUUUUAUAUGGAUAAUGAUGUAGCAAUGCUCGUUGAAAAUCCCAAUCGGCCUGAAAAAAUCAUCGAAACAACAAUCGGUUCCACAGGGCAACCUCGCUGAGAACGCGGUGUCUGCACAGCAUGCCGCGCACCAAACCAACAACCCCUUCGCGGCGGAUACAAAGGAACCAGAAGGGAGUCAGUCAGGAGCCGAGCAACAGGGAGGUGCUGCAGUACCGGAUGCAGCCGCGGCUCCAGCGACAACAGGAGGUGCUCUUAGUACAACUACACCAGGGCAGCAACAACUUACCGUGCCAGGAGCAGCUGGUGCCGCCGGGGGACCGAUGGACAUGAGUCAGAUGCAGAACAUGAUGAUGCAAAACAUGAUGAUGAUGGGAAUGAUGCCCGGGGGCACGACCAUGGGCAGCGCAGCAGGUGCCGCAACUAGUAACCCAGCAGGAGCAGGAGGAGUAGCCAGCAGUACAGGUCCCGAUGGAACAAGUGGAAGUGCCAACGCAGCAGGAGGACCCACUAAUCCGGCCUCCGCCUUGGGCGGCAUGAUGGGCAUGCCAGGAGGUCCUAUGGGAAUGCCAGGCGCUAUGGGCGGUCUCCCAGGGAUGGGCAUGCCAGGUAUGGGCGGUCUACCAGGUAUGGGAGGUGGAGGUCCACCGAUGGGUGGCAUGCCAGGAAUGGGCAUGUUGCCGGGAAUGGGCAUGCCAGGAGGAAUGCCGGGAGGAAUGCCAGGAGGACCGAUGGGAAUGAUGCCGGGAGCAGGACCGAUGGGGAUGAUGCCGGGAAUGGGCAUGCCGGGGAUGGGUAUGCCGGGAAUGGGCAUGCCAGGCGGUGGUCCCGGAGCAGGCAUGAUGGGCGGUGGUCCCGGCGCAGGCAUGAUGGGCGGUGGUCCCGGGGGUCCGAUGGGCGGCGGCAUCCACCUGAACCCACACAACCCCAACGUGCAGUCCGGCGCGCCGCCACCGACCGGCCCAGCGACCCUCUUGCCGAUCUACCAGGGGCCGGAAUCCGUGGGGAAAUUGAUCGAGUCUUCGCCGCAGUUCGCCUCCAUUAGUCGCGCCACGGAGCACAUCGGCCGGGGGCAGGAGAAGAGGUAUUUGGCCCGGCUGAAAUCCUUCAACAUCGAAAAAGGCUUCGGGUUCGUGGCAGGGGAGGAGAUACAUCAGGUACUAUAUUUGCAAAAUGGAGCGUCAGUUUCUACAAGUACAACUCAACAGGAUCUUGAUGCCUCUGCGGCUUUUUUCUAUGCAGCUACAUCUUCGAAAAAUUUCCAGUUUGACAACUUCUACGUACAUUAGGUUUUUGCAUUUACAACAGCAUUUGCUAUGCCAAGUAGGCAUCAAAAAAUAUUCAAAGUAUGCACAAACAAUAAUAAAAGGUUUUUGGCCGCGACGUUUUCGUUCACCGCACGGAGAUGGAGAAAGUGACCGCACUUUACUGCUUAGUCGUCCCAGUAAACACGCUCCUCACCUUUUCGGUGGUCCUAAACAAGUCGAACCAGCCGCAGGUCCGGGAGAUGCUGAUCGUAGCGGAUGAGGCAAAAGACAAGGAAGUUCCGCUUCUGCAGCACGUGGGACACGGAAUUUCGGACCCGGGGUCCGCGCAAGGCCUGUUGAUAUGAGAGUGCAGAACUCCACCCUAUCUCCCUCAUUUGUCGUGCAAAAUUAGCUAUAUCCAGCUUUGCCCCUUGGGAAUUUUAGCAUGACAGACUCUGGCAGCCCAAAUACCACUACAAUCCUGUGUUGAACAUCUGUUAUGCAAAAGCUACACUCUUGCAGGCCCUUCGAUUGCUGUUCAUGCAAUACACAUGAGGGGAAAGCAAAGGGAGUUCUGCACUGUCAUAGCUGAAGAACAACGUGCAGUACCAGAUGGGUUGCGCCUGCCCCCACCUGGCGGGGAUCAACCACCCCUCGAGUAACUCCGGCGUCUCGAAUUCGGCCACCGGGCUGCCUAACGUGACGAUUCCCGGCGCGGGCGGUGCCCUGGAGAUAUGAAAUGCAAAUAUGUCUGGGUCUGGAAGGUGGCAACUUGUCAUGGUAAAUCUGAAGCAUGCAAAAAUCUGUGUUGCAUGAGUGCCAAAAGCUGUCCACCUCUAACCAACUUGGAAGGGAGUUUCUCAUGCAGGAUAGGCAUGGCAGAGACGUCGCAGAGUCUGUCAUGCUAAGUCCCGCAUUCCAGACCUCAUGGGUCAUGAAAAAUCUGCAUGACAAGUUUAUUACACUUUUCCAGACCCAGACACUUUAGCACUUGAUAAUAGAGCAUGAUGAACAACCCGAUGAUGCUAUCCUGAGUAAAAACGUUCCCACCCCAGAGUUGUCAUGCAAAUCUGCAUGCCAAAAAAGUCUCUCAUGCGGAGCCCCAUGCGAAGUAUUUUCCAGUUGUGAUUUGAAGUUUGUGAUGCUCGAAUCAGCAUGAUAGGCUAGAUCUGUCAUGCUGUUGAGCUAGCUAAACAGGAUGACACUAUGAGGGUGAACUUGUCAUGCGGAGCAACCAAAUCUGGUUGAUUUGUCUAGCAGAUUCCCCAUCUUGACUCUGGUGUGGGGACGUUUUUAUUCAGGAUAGAUGCAGAUGAUGAUGCUGGGCAUGAUGCCCGGCGCGGCCGGAGCGGCCGGCAGCGGCGACGAGAUCAGCAUUCAGACCCUGUUAUGCAUUGCAAAUAUUCCUUGGUCUGGAAGAUUCUCAGACUUGUCAUACACGUUUUGCAUGAGCCAUGAGCCCUGGAAUGCAAGACCUAGCAUGACACAUUCUUUGAGGUCUGUAUCAUGCCUCUCCUGCAUGAGAAACUCCCUCUCAAUUUGGUCAAAAGCGGACAGCUUUUGGCACUCACGCAACACAGAUUUUUGCAUCAUUAAGAUUUAGCAUGACAAGUUUCAAUCUUCCAGACCCAGACAUAUUUGCACUUGAUACCUGUCCACCACAACCGCCACCGGUGGGCAGACGAGCACAAACACGACGACCAAAGUGGUGGACGAAGAGGAGCCGGUGGUGGGUUUCCAGGAUUUCACGACGACCAACACCUACAAGGCAAACGCGGAUAAGAGCACGAAAUCAACGCAAAACGGAAACAGCAAGCGCAGCCGGAGCCGGAGCCCGAGGCGGUGAGGAGUUGAGGAUACUUACCAUACAAGACCAAUGACUAACAAUAAGUACAUCAUGGCACCACGUGAGAAUGAAGUUGUUGCGUUACAACUAAUCGUUCUACAGCGUUGAUCGGAGACGAACACUCUUUUGUUCAUUUUAUCAGCAGUUGAAACUACCCCAGCAGGCUCAGGAGCUCUCAUUGAUUUACCAAAGCAAGAACUUCCGACCGCGCCGUUGACACUUUUGUGAGAAUGUGUCAUCGCGAUGAAACAAUGAUUGCUGGCAUCGAUACAACUACGUCUUCGAGCUGUCUGCGAAGCACGGAGUUGUGUUAAGACUAUACCAGUGAAUUGUUGAGGGUGGAGUUGUACUAGAUUCAUUUUUUUGUUUGUUUGUUUGCUAACGAUCAUAUCAAGACAAUAGAUACUUCUUGCUGCACAUUGAAGAACGACCCAACAGUAUUCAAAAACACUUUAAAAAUAAAAGCUGCAGCUAGAGGC